UCGGGUACAGUCAUCCCAAGCCUUUUCGGCAGGAUUGUGAUGGCCGGAGAGAUGACGAUCUUAGGAUCAGCUGUUUUGACUCUUCUUUUAGCUGGUUAUUUGGCACAACAAUAUUUGCCAUUGCCUACUCCUAAAGUCAUUGGCAUUGACCUUGGCACCACCUACUGUUCAGUUGGGGUGUUUUUUCCUGGCACAGGAAAAGUAAAGGUUAUUCCAGAUGAAAACGGGCAUAUCAGCAUACCCAGCAUGGUGUCUUUUACUGAUGACGAUGUUUAUGUGGGGUAUGAAAGCUUAGAGUUAGCAGAUUCAAAUCCUCAGAACACAAUAUAUGAUGCCAAAAGAUUCAUAGGCAAGAUUUUUACCCCAGAAGAGCUGGAGGCUGAAGUUGGGAGAUAUCCGUUUAAGUGUAUGCUCAUGAACUGUUCUUCCCCACCUAAUCUUGCAGGACUAAAAAUCUUAAGAGUAAUAAAUGAACCUACAGCAGCAGCUAUGGCCUAUGGUCUCCACAAGGUUGAUGUCUUUCAUGUCUUGGUGAUAGACUUGGGCGGAGGAACUCUAGAUGUGUCGUUGCUGAAUAAGCAAGGAGGAAUGUUUGUAACUCGAGCAAUGUCAGGAAACAAUAAACUAGGAGGACAGGACUUCAAUCAGAGAUUGCUUCAGUACUUAUAUAAGCAGAUUCAUCAAACAUAUGGUUUCCUACCAUCUAGGAAAGAAGAAAUCCACAGAUUAAGACAAGCCGUAGAAAUGGUAAAAUUAAAUUUGACUCUUCAUCAGUCUGCCCAGGUGUCAGUAUUACUAACAGUAGAGAAAGAAGACAAGAAAGAACCUCAGAGUAGUGAACUGCUCAAGGACAGACUUUCCCCAGCAAAGGGCCACCGUGUGAACGGAAUGCUUGGAGCUAGCCAUCUUCAACAGAAAAGUGGAGAAAGUCAGGUUUUAUUUGAAACAGAAAUCUCACGGAAGCUCUUUGACACCCUUAAUGAAGAUCUGUUUCAGAAAAUACUUGUCCCCAUUCAGCAAGUAUUAAAAGAAGGCCACCUGGAAAAGACUGAAAUUGACGAAGUGGUUUUGGUCGGUGGCUCCACUCGUAUUCCUCGAAUCCGCCAAGUCAUUCAGGAGUUCUUUGGGAAGGAUCCCAACACAUCUGUAGACCCUGACCUGGCAGUGGUGACAGGAGUGGCUAUCCAGGCAGGGAUUGAUGGAGGCUCGUGGCCUCUUCAAGUCAGUGCUUUAGAAAUUCCCAAUAAGCAUUUACAAAAGACCAACUUCAAUUGAAUUUGGAACAAUGAUUAUCACUUGUGAUCUUGUCUGACGAUCUUUUCCUUUAAGCAGACCACUCCAAAAGAGAAGGUCUCUAAAACAUCUCACAACUUUACCUAAAAGGCAGAAGUUAGAUACACAUAACUUUUUUUUUUUAAAGAUUGAAUGUGACCAGAUCAAUCCCUUUGAUUUUGGAGAAAAUCCAUUCCAACAGAUACUUUUACAAUGAUAGAAAUGAGGUAAAACAGGAGCACAAGUUGCUGUAUUUUCUGGAUUUCUGUAGUAGAGAACCAUAUGCUCUUAAAAUUAUUUACUACAAAUAUUGCCUUGUGCCAAUUACAGGAUUCCCGGUUCUUACUAAAUUGUAUUAGCAGGAGCUGGUAAUAUAUUUACUUGACUAACACAUGUAACUAUUUGAACUAUACUUGAAGGAUGGUGUUGAUGUCAGGUAUUUACAUUGGCUGUGAUCUAGCAGUAUUACUAAUAUAAGCUGCACAUAUGAUGUUCACUAACUGCCAUAUAGCAAAUUUACUUUCAUAACUAUAAUAUUGCAUUAAGUGUCCUGUUUAUGUAAAUACAGUCUCCAGCUUUUUAAAGUAUAUUUAUUGGGUCAAUUUGUUUUUCUUCUAAGCUAGUGACAGAGUUAUUCAGAUAGUAAAAAUACUUAUAUGCUGUUCAUCUGCUGUACCUCAUUCUCUGUAGUUUUCCAUGAUUCUGCCUGGGAAUUUUUAGUAGCAGUUUUAAAAUGUGUUAAUGUCACAAUAAAGUCAUCAUAACUAUCGCUUUCCUUGCUAUCCAAGACAUUUGUGACAUUUGUAAAUAGCAGCAAUUAGCUAUUAUGCUUGUGUAUAAUUUUUGUCUUUGUUUAUUCUUAAGAAGCCUUAGAGAAUUUAAUUAGCAUUUGAACUAUCAAAUCAUACUUGAUUCAGUUUUAGAGAUCCUAUUUAGUUUUGAAUGAGGGAGAAAUAUGCUCAGAUGUAAAAAUCUUAGCUUUGUUUCCUGCUGUCGUUUUAAGUCACACUUGAACUGUUCUCAGCCUUAAGGUCAAAUGAAACUGCAUUGUGAAUACUGGAAGCAUUGUGGACUCUGCUGCGGAAGGCCCUGUGACACGUUCACACAGGAACUUGUGUAGCUGCUGCUUGUUUUGGUUUGGUUUGGUUGAUUUCCUUUUAGAAAAACUACAGGGACCAAAAAGUACGGUUCUAUUUCUGUAAUGCCCUUAUCACUAGGUUCCUUUUGUUCCUUGUUAAAGGCAUGCUUCAUUUCAAUAUUCAAAAAUUAUACUCUGGCCAACAUUUUUAUCAAUGUAAAGUAUGUCAGCCUUAGCCAUGAUUGAAUUUGAGAGGAUGUUGAAUUUUCAGUCACCAAAAAGAGAACUACAAACCACUCCAGCGAUAUUAAAACAUUUCACCUUCUCCGUAAAAAGCUGAAUGUUAACAUUUUUUGCAGGUCUGUGAAGAAGUUUCUUAGCAAAGCAGUUGUUCUUAUAAAAAGUUUCAAAUAAUUCUGUGUGUAGAAAAUGUCUAUGGUAGAUAUUAGAAAAGCAAAAUGCUUGUUAACAUUUUAUUUUAGAACUAAAGGAGAAAUGCCAAAGAUGAAUCCUUCACUGCAUUAUGAAAAUAUUAAGUGUUUUCUUGGGAUUUGUAUAACUCUUCAGUAAAUUUUAUUAUUGAAUAAGGUCUUCUUGUAAAGAUCUUUAAGAGAAAAAUGUUCAGUUUAUCAGAAUCUCCACAUACAACAUCAGCUGUAACUUCUAAAGCAUUUUAAGAAUUUUAAAAAUAAAUUUAUAGAAUGUAGUUCAGGACAAUCUAUCAAUAACUUUUAGUGGAAAUAAUUUGCAGAACGGCAACUAAUAUCAUACAUUAAAAUUGAGAUAUGAAUAGUUUAUGAAAGUACAAUGACAGUGAUUGGAUUUGUAGGCAAUUGUUUAGCAUUCUCUCUAGUUACACCUGGAUGAUGUCUGCCUUCAAUCAUAUUGUUGGGGACUCUAGCCUUGACUUCAGUGUAGUUUAUUUAAAAGACAAAAAUGCAUCCUGAAAGGGAUCAUCUAUGCUAAUUGAAGAAUUUUUCACAAGCUAAACUACAUUUUGGUUGCACAUUUAGCUAGUGUUUUAUGAAGUAUGUAACUUAAAAUAUUGACAGUCUUGUAUAGUUACAAUAUGUGAAUUAGUAAUUUAUUUUGUAUCAGGAAUGUUUUGGUACUGUGUUCUUACUCAAACCUCUGACUUGCCAACACUUAACUACUGCACAUCACAUUUACUGAAGAUUGUAGUUACUGUGUAUAACAGUGUGCCUCUUAAAUUUAUGUGUAAUUCACAUUCUAAUGUAAAUAAAUACCACUUCGCAGAUUGUUUUUUAAACUGUAUUUUUCAUUCAGUGUUCAUUUUUUUGAAUUGUAUAAAUAAGAAAGUGGGGAUAGAGCUGAUUCGAUCCUCAUAGUUUGUGACCUCAGCAGCUUUUCCUCAUUCCCUGUUAACUUGACUGUCUCUGGGAUAGUUUAUAUCCAUCUCUGCUUGUUGCCCUAAUUUACAAGAGACAGUUUCUGUAUCAUAUAAACAGUUCCUCCUGAAUUCUGAAUGCUCAUUCAUGGAUUUUGUCUGUAACUAAUGCACAUAGCUAGU